GCCGUGACGCAAGCUUUCACGGUGAGCUUUCACGAAUUACGUAGUGACGAACUUAUAGUUACGCGAGUGAUGUGCUACAAUUAUGUGGUUUGUGUUGGAUCUCUGAACUGAUUAUUGAUUUAAUAAUGUGUUAAUGGAUUUUUAUAUUAUGUGGAAAGUGACCCCGGAUCCGAACUUAUAGAAUAAAACAGCAUUAUAGUGUCAGUGUAGUCAGAAAUGUUAGAUGUACUGUAGUGUUGUGAAACAUGGCACAAAAGGCUGGCCUCUGGUUUGUGCUGUGGAUAUCUAUCAUACCUCUACAUAGAGCUGAUAACUUGGAACUCCUCCUGGGCACACUUCGUACACACCAAAAGGCGGCUUGCGACGAAGAGAUGGUCACGCUCAUAUGCCCAAGGGGUACCACGAUCAGCAUACAAGUGGCGCAGUACGGAGCCUCCGCGUCACAGAACUCCUGCUCACCAGAACUGGCGGAGUACCAGCCGGUGGCUGUUGAAGUGGUGGGGGAUACGAGCUGCAGCUGGCCCAGCGCUUUGCAGUACUCCUUGUUGCAGACGGUGGUGGAAGCGUGUCAGAAGAAGCGCCAAUGUAAAUUCCAUACAAGUCCCAAAGCGUUUGGUGUGGACCCGUGCCCCGGUUCUAGAAGAUUCGUUGAAGUCGCAUAUAAGUGCCGUCCAUACGAGUUCCGAAGUAAAGUGGGCUGUGAAAACGACGUGCUUCAUUUGAGCUGUAACCCGCACUCAAGGGUUGCUAUAUAUUCGGCGCAGUAUGGAAGGACGGAGUACGACUCGAUACAAUGUCCCCAGCCUCGGGGGAUGAAGGAAGAAACGUGCCUAGAACCAUACGCAACAGAAACAGCAAUGCGCGAGUGUCACGGCAAGCGACGCUGCGUGCUGUCGGCGGACAGCAAGAUGUUCGGCAAGCCGUGUCGCUCCGGCAGCAGGACGUACCUGAAAGUCGUGUAUACGUGUGUGCCUCGGACAGUCCUGAAGGAACGGUACGAGAGUGCCCCUGAAGAGGAUGAGGUAGCCCACGAUGUGUCUGAUCUUGAACACGAAGAUGUCGAUGAAUCAAGUGACCGCUGGUGGGGGGAGUCAGCAGUACCCCCAGCGCCAGCAGUAGCUGCAGUACCACCUCAGCGACCAGCUCACUCCAUCAACAUCACCAGGGAAGAACCAUCGCUAGCUCCUCCACGGCAUCACCUGCCGAAAGAUGAUCAAUUUGACAUCAUGUACGUGUACAUAAUAGCCGGCGUGGCUGCAGUUCUCCUCCUAUGUAUGAUCAUCGCCAUCAUACGCUGCGUGCUCCAAAAGCAAAACACAGAACAACCAAAAGGCCCAGACGUGUCCGCCACAACUGACAUUCCGAACGGCUUCAACGACAGCAUAUCAGAAGUGGACAACGACAUCAACAUAACCAGCCUCUCCGGGCCCAUCGACAUGACGGAUGCCAUGAAACAGGACAUUCAAAUCUCGAACGUUGCGCUCAGCCCCAAAAUCAAUAGAUACGUCGGGCGCCCAGUUCCCAACACGUACCCGCACGUAAGUACCAACAUGUAUGGUCAAGUCGCCGAGUUCCCUAUAGAAAUGCCCCUCAGGACUAUGCCGCAUGGCACAUUAGGUCGUGGAGUUGCGGUCAAAACCCUCCCCAGAGUUCAAGUGCAAGCCGAAACCGACCCUAACGCGAGGAGUUUAUAUCGAUAUUCGAACGCGCAGUACUACUUCGGGUGACAUCAAGACAGUGGCCAGUGUUCGGAUGUAUCGCGGACUUACUGUUUCUAGAUCGUGUAGAACUUGUCCUACUUUUAAAUACAACUGUGAUAUUAAUUGAAACUUUCCUAUUGUGCGCUGUUCUCCAACUGAAGACACGGAAAAGUUCUGUACUGUUUGUUGCACAUUAAAUUAUUUAUCUAUCUCGCUAACUUCAUUUUCAAUUUAAACAUUGUAAGCUCGUAGUUUCAAAAUAUUAUGUGUUACAUAUAAAUAAUAAUAAUUAUAAUAUUUAUUAUAAAUUGAAUUUACGUACAACGUCUAUUUUAAAAGGUGCAUUUAGUAUGGGAUAUUUUCUUAGAGAAUGUUCCAUUAAUAGCUUGAGAUAUCUAUGUAUUUGUUAUAUUUAUAAAUUCUAUAAUUCUUCUUUGUCCAGUUGGGAACUUAUCGUGGAUAAUAUGAAUAGGAACAUCCAAGGAAAGGAAAUUUUAUAUAGGAAUAGUAAAAUUUUAAGAGUUUUCAACUACAUAAUAUAAGUACCUAAUUAAUUAUCUACGUAAUUAAAAAUUGUUGAAAUAAAAUCUCUUUCAUAAAGUGUUUUUAUUAUUACAUAAUAUAAAAUAUAUAACUCAUGUUUAUUAUGAUUAUACUUUUUUUAAAUAUAGGUGCUAGAAAAUAGGUUUUAAUAAAAAAAAACACAGUGCCUUUUUCGUGUCUUAUAGUUAGGGAGCAAAUGUAAGUGUAAAAGUUACUGUGUAAGGUAGAAUAAUUAUGAUUAAUUAGACUGCCUUUGUUUAUAUCACUUGAAAAUUUUAGAUUAUAGAUACUGUAUUGUAUAGUUUUCGUUUAUACUACAGCUACUGCAUGUUAUAAGUUUAUGUGAUACAAUCAUAUUAUAAUAAAUAAAUACCUGUGGUUGUAUUAUGUAAAGUCUAAAUGUUUUCAUUUAUAAAAUAUUGGAAGUAAAAAUUUAAUGUUAACAUUUUAUAUUAAUAGUGUUUGUGAUGACAACAUCCAACUGAAUUAAUCAUGUUUUUAAAUGCAAUGUGAAUUCUAAAGGGAUUUAAAAUAUAAUAAUGAGAUAGUAGGUAGGUAUAUUGUUUUACUUUAAACUAUUUAAAACUUGUUUGAACGUUCAAUAAAUAAUUAUUUUAUUCGCUCAUUAUUUAACAGUUAUUUUAAUAACUUUCAACUAAGCAUUGAUAAAUUGGCUCUUGGUCUGUAACUCCAUUUAUCUUGUUUCGAAUCUACUUGAAUUUGUUUUAUUUUUAUUAAGGUUGAUUUUAUGAAUGAAUAAUAUUUGAAUUCCAAUAAUCACAAAAAAAAUAAUAAGCACAAAUAUUAAGAUGACCUUGUACAAGUUCCCAAGGGUCAAUUUCACGGUAUAUGAAUACGGUACUGUAAAUAUUGUGUCAUAUUGACUAAUUAACUUUGUGAUUAUUUAUAUAACAUACUUUAUUUAUUUUAUUAUAAUAUGAUACAAUUAUUUAUUUAAAACAAAGCAUGGAACAGUGAUUUUUAUGUAAACAUCGAAAAGGUUUAAUAGGUACUAAUGUUUGUAAACAGAAUUUUAUACACUUCAAUGUUUUAGCGCUUGAGUUUAAAAAAUAACUUAAUAUUGUAAUAUAAUAAUUUGAUUAAACUAUUUAACAUUAUUUAUUUAACCAAUCAAAAACAUGCAGUAGCUGAAACGCGUUUGCUCAAUGAGCAUGAAACAAAAAUAUAUCAAUGUUUUAGUUUAGCAAAUGACUGAAUGUUGGACAUAAUUUAACUUCGUGCAGAUGUUUAAAAUUCAAUAUGUUCAUUAUUUAUGAAGAGAAUAAAUUGAUUUUCACUGA